GCACUCUGCUGUCACUGGAUCAACAUGGCGGCGGGGUACAUACUAAAUCGUGGUGCGCUAACAUUAGGAAUUCACUGCCAGCGUGUUGGCAGAAAUGUUUCGUUAAUGCAGGUCAGAGAGAAGAAGCGAUGGAUGAGAGCGUACGAAUACCUCAUGGCCAGAAAGCUAAAGCUUGAAGGACCUCCGCCGCCGAAGCCACGGUACCAACAGCCUAAUUGGGAUUACCAUGCAGAAGUUCAGGCUUUCAACACCCGCCUCCAAGAGAACAUCUCCCUGGAGUUACUGAAAACAGCCUUCAUCAACCCUUGUUACCUGCAGGUGGAGCAAGAGAGGAGAAAGGGGUUAGGUGUGGACUCUGAAGUCACUGCUCUUCUUCUGAAAGAUAAUAUUCAGCUGAGUGAAAAGGGAGCAAAUUUCACCAAAAGCUUCCUUACCGACUGGUGCAGGGCAAGCUUCCCCAGCCUGCCGCAUGAGGGGGUGGAGAGUGUUGUUGGGCACCUUACCAGUCCAGCUGUAGUGACUUAUGUAGCAAGAAAUCUUGGCAUCGAAGAGCUAACCAUGAGUGCAGAAUUCCCUGUUCCCGAUGAUGUGCUCCAUUCUACAUUCAUGGCGGUGAUAGGCGCACUACAGGAAAACAGCGGAGCUGAGCGGACUGGAUUGUUUCUCAGGGAUUUCCUGGUGACUCAGCUGAUAGGAAAGGAUCUGUUUGAUAUGUGGACUGUGGUCAACCCCAUGGGACUACUAGUGGAGGAGCUUAGUAAGAAGAACACUGCUCUGCCAGAGCCUCGCCUCAUUAGGUCUGCUGGAGCCAGCACCGUCCUGCCACUGUAUUUUGUUGGCUUGUACAGUGACAAGAAGCUUCUGGCUCAGGGUCCAGGAGAGACAGUUGUAGCAGCUGAGGAAGAAGCAGCUCGUGUGGCCCUCCGGAAACUUUAUGGCUACACUGAGAACCGCAGACCCGUUGACUUUUCUCCUCAACAUCAGCAUCAACAGCCAUUAAUUCAAUCAGCCAGCAGCAAUUAACGAAGUGACAACUCUUAUGAUGAGGCAUAAAAUCAUUUAAAGAGGGUGAAGUUGGACGGAAAUGUCAUUUGCAGACUGUAGACUUGCCAUAAAUUGUAGAGAGAAAAUAAAAGGAAAAGGAGGCCACCAUUUACCGUAUUAAACUUUAGCACACUUGUCAGAGUUGAUUCUGUUGGCUAUUUAAAUGUCAGUUUCAACAGACAAAGGAGACCAACACAAGCCUUUAUGUCCAAAUACAUAGCAUGGGCUUACUUAGACUAAUAAUUUACAGGUUCAAAGAUCCAUUGCACAAAGUAGACCUGAUAGCUGGUUGUCCCCUUGUAAAUUAUACAAUUGCCAUUUGGUUUACUUUGUAUUCUGUUAUUCAUCUGUAAUAAAAAUAUAAGUAUGUGUACAUUCUGA